AUGUCAUUGAAAUUGUAUAUCGAUUGGUUGUCUCAACCUUCAAGAUUUGUUGCUAUCGUGUUAAAUAUACUCAAGGUUCCUCAUGAAGUAGUUGAGAUCAGAAUCGCAGAAGGAAAAUAACGCACUCCAGAAUAUGCUAAAAUAAAUCCAUAUAGAAAGGUUCCUGCUAUUGUUGAUAAAGAUGGAUUUCAACUUGCUGAGAGUCAUGCCAUCGUCAAAUAUAUUAUCAAAUCGAGAAAUAUUAAGACUCCUUUGUAUCCUGAUGAUCCUCAGCAAUCAGCCAAGAUUGAUGAAUACUUGGAUUAUCAUCACACAGGAACAAGAAAAUUAUCCUAAUACUUUUUCAAUUUGAUGGUGGCUCCAAAAUUAGGAAUAGAAACAACUGUUAAUUUGGAGUAGGCUAAAAAGGAAGCCAUAUUUGCUUUGAAACUCUUAGAUACAAAAUUUUCAACUCAGGAUUACAUCUGCGGUAAAGAAAUCACACUUGCCGACUUAAGUGCUUAUUGUGAAAUCAUGUAAUUGCACAUGGUUAAUUGGGAUUUUUCCAAAUAUCCUAACAUUUUGAAUUGGAUGUCAAGAGUCACAUAAAUUAAAGAAGUGAAUGCUGGACAUGAAGUCCUACUUAAAAUAGUCUAGAAAAUAAGAAGCAAACCUAAGUUAUGA